CAUCAACAAUGGUUGAUCGCCUGGCCAAAAUCAAAUGCGUGGAAAUGCCCAUUGAGAUGCAAGAAGAGGCGGUGCGUACAGCAAAUGAGGCGUUGGACACGUAUUCAGAGGACUAUGAGAUCGCGGCCUACCUGAGACAGCGAUUUGACAAGCUGUACAAACCAGUCUGGCAUUGUUUUGUUGGUCGAAGCUUUGGUGGGUACUCGGAACCGCCCUUGACUUGGCAGAGGAGUAUGAAGGAGAUCACGAAGCGCUUGGAUGCCGUCGGUGCUACUCGCCUCCAGGAUGAGGACCGCGUGAUCCUCAAUGGUUGGAGAUACUACAAGAUAUGGCUGCCGACCGAUGUCAGUGGCGUUCUUGUUGUCAGCUUCUCUCCAGAUCAUCUGAUUGAAUGCUUGGAGGCAUGGGCUCCUCGGAAUGAUUGUGUCGAUCUGGAAUUAGCAGACGACAUCGUUCUCAUCUGCGAAGAGGAGAAGGCGCAGGUGUUUUUGGAUGAACUGACCAAAGUCAUCACGUCCUCUGGUAUACGCUUUGCGCCCACAAAGGUUAAGGUCAUACUCGUGGACAUGCAGUCACUGAACACGCAACCCACAAUCCAGGGAGAGGCACUGGAAUUUGUGGAGCGUUUUACGUAUCUUGGAAGUUGUAGUAGUUCUGACUGUAGUGUGACAGAUGAGGUGUGCGACAAUUUUCGUCCCAGAACCAUUGAUCGUGUGGGUUGUUGUCGGCGAAUCCGUAACGAGGCAGUUAGGAAGCGCGUUUUCGGUUGCGCAACGGGUACUUCCAUUGAAGAAUGUGUCCAGCACCGGAAGCUGCGUUGGUUGGUACGUGUGUUGUGUAAACCUAGCCAUUAUUUGCCGAGGAGAGUGCUGUUUCCCAUGCCCGGUUCAGAGUGGCGUAAACAGAGAGUUGGCCAACCCUUGGCUUGGCAGGGGGAUAUGAAAGAGAUCACGAAACGCUUGGGUGCUGUCGGUGCUACUCGCCUUCCAGGAUGGGGACCGCGUAAUCCUCGCUGCCUCAAGUUGGAGACGCUGCAAGAUAUGACUGCCAACCGAUGUCAGUGGCGUUCUUGUUAG